GAUGGACUUUUCCCCACUUGGAUAUUAGAGUUUCCAUCAUUGUCUAAUCGUUAACAGGACAAGUACUAUGCUACCUUAGUUGGCACGGGAAGCUCACACUUGUAAAUGCGUCACGAAGUAAGUUUUUGUUGUUGUUUCAAACUCGGUAGCAUUAUCCAAGAGCUGAAGAUUUGCUUUUUGGAGACGUACCUUCAAGUGACAACCUUCGAGCACACUGCCUGCAUCUUAAACCAAGGAGGAGAAAAUAUUUUAUUUGGUUUUCUAUUUUAUAGAAUCACUUUACAACCGUGAGGAUGAAUUGGAAUAAAGGAGGCCCUGGCCAAAAGAGGGGAUUUGGGUUUGGAGGCUUUGCCAUGGGCGGCGCGAAGAAGGAAGAGCCAAAACAACUUCCAAACGACUUGCAUACGUCGUUUGUAUCGUCUUCCUCUUCUGGAGGUUAUGGAAACCCUCAGACUGCACCAAACACAUCAUUCUUCAAAAUAGGGUCCAAGCGGCCAACAUUUGACGACGAAAGCUCGUACUUUGAAGAGGAUGAGGAUGAAGAUUCUUCAUCAAAGUAUUCUGGCCUGCCUUACAUCCCUGCAGAGAACUCUCCCUCCCGCAAGCAGCUUAACUCUGACAGUGAUGAUGACCCACUGGAUGCAUUCAUGGCCCAAGUGGAGAAUCAAGCUGCAAGAGACAUGAGAGCUUUGGAGGAAAAAGAAGUCGCCAAGAAAGAUGACAAGGGUGUAAGAGAUGACAUUGAAGAGGAGGAUGGACAAGAAGCCUACUUCCGCUACAUGGAGGAGAACCCCACUGCUGGACUGCUGCCUGUUGACGAGGAAGACCCCAUGGACUAUGACAGUGAUGGGAACCCAAUUCCUCCAGAAAAGAACAAAGUCAUUGAUCCUCUGCCUUCCAUUGAUCACUCAGAGAUCGAGUACGAACCAUUUGAUAAGAACUUUUAUGUAGAGCAUGAAGAAAUUUCAUCACUUGGUGCAUCAGAGGCUCACGAACUGAGGAACAAGCUCAACUUAAAGGUGUCUGGUGCUGCUCCUCCCAAGCCUUGCUCAAGUUUUGGUCACUUUGGCUUUGAUGAACAGCUCCUUAAUCUGAUUCGCAAAUCAGAGUUCACUCAACCCACACCUAUCCAGUGCCAGGGCAUCCCCAUAGCGCUGAGCGGCCGAGACAUAAUCGGUAUCGCAAAAACCGGCAGCGGAAAAACAGCCUCGUUCAUUUGGCCAAUGCUGGUACACAUCAUGGCACAGAAAGAACUGAAGCCAGGAGACGGUCCCAUUGGUCUUAUCUGCGUGCCCACCCGGGAGCUCUGUCAGCAGAUCAAUGUGGAGUGCAAACGGUUCGGAAAGGCAUACAACCUGCACUCUGUUGCUGUGUACGGUGGUGGCAGCAUGUGGGAGCAGGCAAAGGCGCUGCAGGAGGGUGCUGAGAUCGUGGUGUGCACGCCCGGCCGUUUGAUUGACCAUGUCAAAAAGAAGGCGACAAAUCUUCAACGGGUUACCUACUUGGUGUUUGAUGAAGCCGACCGCAUGUUUGACAUGGGAUUUGAAUAUCAAGUCCGUUCAAUUGCCAACCAUGUCCGCCCAGACAGACAAACAAUGCUCUACAGUGCCACGUUCAGGAUGAGGGUUGAAAAGUUGGCUCGGGAUAUUUUGAUUGACCCCAUUCGAGUGGUGCAAGGAGACAUCGGAGAGGCCAACGAAGAUGUUACGCAGAGGGUAGAGAUCUUUUCCAAUGGAGCAGCAAAGUGGAACUGGCUAUGCAGUCAUCUGGUGGAGUUCACUUCCAGUGGAAGCGUGCUCAUAUUUGUCACACGGAAGGACAACUCUGAGGAACUGUCAAACGACUUGGAGCAGGAGGGCUUCCAGGUUGGGCUGCUACACGGAGACAUGGACCAGAGUGAGAGAAACAAGGUCAUCUCUGACUUCAAGAAGAAGGUCAUACCAAUCAUGGUUGCCACAGAUGUUGCUGCCCGUGGGUUGGACAUUCCUUCAAUCAAGACUGUGGUGAAUUACGAUGUGGCAAGAGAUAUUGAUACACACACGCACAGAGUCGGAAGGACAGGCAGAGCAGGCGAAAAGGGAACGGCGUUCACACUAAUGACGCACAAAGACAUGAACUUUGCCGGGGAUCUGGUGAGAAACCUGGAAGGUGCCAACCAGCAUGUCCACAAGGAGCUAAUGGACCUAGCCAUGCAAAAUCCUUGGUUUAGGAAAACGCGCUUCAAGGGUGGCCGCGGUCGGAAGCUCAACGUGGGUGGAGGUGGCCUGGGCUACAGGGAGAGGCCUGGCCUUGGCUCAGAGUCUUCAGGUUCAGGUGGCAGCAUGAAAAGCAUCACAAGUCUGCCACAAAGUUUUGAACCUAUAAAGCCACCCACAGGAGCCAUGGGUGACAGGCUGUCUUCCAUGAGAGAAGCCUUCAAGGCUCAAUACAAGUCACAGUUUGUGGCAGCGAGUCCUGGGGUGUCUACAAAAGCCCAGAGUAGCAGCAGUGAGAGUGCAAGUGGAGGUGGCAGCUCUGCCAGUGGGGGGUUGAGUGGCUGGAAGAGCGCCGGCAGCCUACAGAGUGUCCCUUCUGGCACUCAUCCUGCCGAGGUGUGCGACAAAAGCAACUCACCCCCUAAAAGCUUUGCGGUCCCUGCUGAUCCGCCAAGGCGUAAAAAGACUAGAUGGGAUAAGUAAACUAGAACUUUGGAAGACAAGAACCUCUUACCAGCAGAUUGCGUGAGACUGCUUCCAAAACAUCGAGAGGUUUUAAGUUUCAUUGAGGGAUACAAUGUUAAAGUGGGUGAUUGUAUGUGUUCAGGUUAUACGUAUAAUGUAUUGUACUAGUGACUUCUUCAUCAAUCCUGGGUUUAGUGCUGUUGAAGAUGCUUAAAUAUUUGUGUAAAACGUGCAGUCAUACAGUUUUGGAACGAAUAUUGUUUGUGCGCUGAAAAAGCGCAUCAUCAGAGUGAAUUGACUCACUGACAAGUACUUUCAGUAUGAAUUUAUAUUUUGAAUUAAACUGGUUUCAAGGCUUAUUGUACACGUGCACAUAUCUGUUACUUAAUGUACACUUUUUAAAUGAACAUAAUUGUGGUCAAUACUGUCUCCAUUUGUUUUUGUUGUAUUGCUUUCAAGUCCAUUCAAAUAGAAGUUGUGAAAAAGCGAUAUUGUCAAACGCCACCUCAUUGAACAAGGUUGUGCAUAUUUAGUCAAUUAAAUAAUCGUUUAGACAUGUUGGAAUGAAUAUAUCUUACACAAAUGUGUACCCGUUUUCCAGGAUAAAAUUUUGAUUGUUAGCUAGUUUAGGUUCAUGGUUAUCCUUGGUGUUACGUUAUUGACAAGGAUGUAUAUUGAGCCACUUUUUUCACUGGCAAAACAGUUUUCUCCAAAGUUUGUUUAAAUGUACAUCAUGAAAUAAAUGACUGAUUUGUCAGUUGGGAUAACA